ACUGGCAACCAUGCAGAAGAGAGUAUUUAAGAAUUGCGCAAGAAGGACCAGCAGCAAGUCACGUGCUACCAAGAUGUGAUGACCAAGGUCUAUACAAACCACUGCAAAGAACGUCUUCAAACUUCGAAUGCUACCUCCCAAACGGCGAAUCUGAUAAUAUAUACAAUUACCCUGGUAUGUGUUGGUUGAAGGUCUGAAGUUUGAUAGUUAUUGUGUAUUAUUAUACUGAUGAUUGAUGCUUGAUGAAGCACGUUGUCCCCCUUAAACGUCAUGCUGAAUCGAAAUAACGUCUCUUAAUUAAAUUAAACGAGGAUACUUUGCGGCAGAAUGCCAGUGCCCCUCUCUGGUGCCACCCCUGCCUCGGACGUAACAUUCUCGUCCCCGGAGUCAUUUUCACUCGGUCACUCGUUGAAAGUUAGGCUCUGGGUUAGACGACUAAAGGGAGACAUCUGAUUGGCUUCUCAGAGAACUGCUAUUUCGAUCAAAAUAUGUCAACACAAAUACUUCGUUUCUUCCUAAUACUCGUCUGCGAAGAUUGUUACGGGUGCUGAAGCGUCGCAAUUCAAGAGCAUGCGCCGUUACAGACAACUGCAAGUUUUCUUGCACUUCCGGUUCCGUGUAUCCCAGGGCCUAUGAAGGUCGCGCGCGGCCGUGAGGCUCUGGGAACGAGGAUGCGCGGAUUUCCCAACAGGCUAUUGCCCAGUUGAUAGGGGAUCCGAGAUACCUACGAUUUAACGACCUUAUCCGAGAAGCCGCGAAAGUCCAUUAGUCUAACCAUUUACUGAUGUCCAUGUAAAGGUAGCUCGUUCUCCUCAAUUAUUUUAAGACCUUGAGUAGAGGUCCGACCAAGGAUUGAACCCAGGUCCCCCAGCUUGAAAGGCAAGCGUGGUGUCCACGACACUAUAAGCAGGGGCGUGGCGACUGGGGGGGGGUAACACCCCCCCCAAUAAUUCUGAACUUUGAAAAGUUGGUCCAAAUUUGAAAAGUUGGUCAAAGGAAUUAUUUAAAUAUUGAAGGAAAUAUUAUACUAUUUACAAAAAUUUUAGAAAAUCCAAAAAAUGUUCAGAAUUUUAGAAAAAUUUCUUUGAUAAACGGAGAAUUUGUGAUAUCGAAAAAAUUUUUAUGUCGCGAAAAAUUUGGAUAUGUCCGGAAAAAUUUUUUUACCCCUAAUAUGGUACACUGACCGAAAAUUUUUUGGCUGGGGGGGGGAGGUCGCCGAAAAAAAUUUCGAGAAACAUUUUUUCAAGGACGAAAAAGUUGGUCAUUUUCAUUGAAACAGCUGGUCAUUACGGUAUGACGCCCCCCCCCCCCAAUCUGGAAUCGUUCGCCACGCCCCUGACUAUAAGUGAUGGUUUCCAUAAAAAAAACUUGCUAAAAGAGUUACCUUCAGUGCUGAAAAUGCGCUCUUACCUUGCGCGCUACACUGACCGCUGUAAAUUUUGUUCAUGGUUUCAUCUCUUCUUCAGGGGAAGGUGCGUGUCGUCAGCUUAAGCAAUGUCUUAAAAAUCAUACGUCAGAAGGCGUUGAGGACCACAGGUUAAUACGAUGUGAUAAAUUCGGUUUGUUCGAGCCACUACAAAAACAAGAAGAUGGAAGCACGAUUUGUGCGUUGCCUGAGGGAGAAUUCCCAGAACCAUAUGGUGUGGCAGCCGGGAAACGUGAAUGCAUAGGUAAGCACUAAGGCCGUUUUCUUUCUCCGUUAGGGUCGCUUUGCCUGCACGAGACAAGCGAACGUUUUUGAGCAUGCACCGUAGCUGUUCAGCUUGACAAUUUUCAAUCCACUUUAGCCCUCGAGCCAAGCGCUUGUCAAGUGUCAACAAGAUGUGCUCGUACUGCUUGUUCCCCGUGUCUGCAACAAGUCGUUACUGAGUGACCAUCUUGUAACAAGGUUGAUGAGGCCAACAGACAGACUCGCAAUAAGUUGUUCCAACAAGUAAAAUAUAAAUGAUUUCUAGGUUUGCACGGUGAUAAAACAUAGAAUACUUUUUGUUUAUGGAAACACCACGUCAAUUUAUUACUGCAAAGCUUUCGAUCCGUAAGCCCGGAUCUUCAUCAGCGCUAAUACAUAUUAUUAACACUGAUGAAGAUUCGGGCUUACGGAUCGAAAGCUUUGCAGUAAUAAAUUUACGUGGUGUUUCCACAAACAAAAAGUAUUGCAAGUAAAAUAUAGUCUGGUCUCUGGACGCAACAAGUUGUUAACAAGCUGAUGACAGCAAGCUUGUAGCAAUUUGAUACGAACAGCCUGUAUUAGUCUUGUUGGAACAACUUGUAGCAAGUCUGUUACAAGGUGAUAACUUGUUUCAGACUUGUCACAACAACUGGGAACAAGCAGUGCGCGAACACAUCCUGAUCAGCUUGACAACAACCUUGUUACAACUUGUUUGCCAAAAAACAAUUAAAUUUUUUUACACUCUUUUUCAGACUCGCAGCCCUGCGCGCAAACCGCACAAGAGUCUUCAGAAAGGGAUAUGUCAGCGCGAUGUGAUGAUCAAGGCAGAUUUAAACCACUACAGAGAUUCAACGAGAAGUUGGAAUGUUAUUUUCCAAAUGGAGCUGAUUUUAUAAACGAGUACGCUGGUAUGUAUUGCUUGCAAAUUUUGUUAAGAAUUUAGUAUUGUUCAUUUGUUCCGCCAUAGUUCGUUUCAGGCAUUUUCAUGCUGUUUCAACAACUUGUUAUCUCAACUGCUUGUUCCCAGUUGUUAUAACAAGUUUGGAACAAGCUGUUAACAACUUGUAACAAGCUUGAUGGCAUUAUCAGACUUGUUGCAAGAUUGUUCUAACAAGUCUGAUACAGUCGUGAUAUAACAAGAAUGUUACAAGGUUGACGACACAAGGUUGGAACAACCUUGCAACAAUUAGUCUGAUGAUAUCAACAAGAUUGUUACAAGUUGUUAACAGCUUGUUCCAAACUUGUUGACAACUUGAGACAAGCGGUGCGAACACAACUUGUUGACGACUUGUUGGCAGACUUGCUACAAGAUCUGAGAUUUUUACGCGUGUAGUCCUGCAAUUCAACAACUUGUUAAGAGGAGAUUUUUUUGUACGUUACGUAACACGCGCUCAAAACUAAUGCGUAUAAUAUAUCGCUUGAGGUUAUGACUAAGUUCAAAAUUUUUAUUUUUCGAUACGUUUCUCAAUCGGCAAACAAACUUAAAAAGUAUGUUUAGUGCUUUAUCUGUAAAAUAAUGCUAAAAUGAAGAGAUUUUAGAUGAUACGCCAAAGAGAAAAUGAUGUCUGAAGUUCAGUAAGUUUUGCUUAUAUGGUUGUAAAUAUGGCGUCAAUUUUAAAGCAUCAUUGAUAAUUGUACUAGCUUAAUUGACAAUUUUUAACUAUUAUUUUAUGUUUCUCAACCGGCAGAUGCAUUUAAAAAGGUAGCUAACUCUAUAAACUAGAGAAUGAAGCUAAAACAAAGUAAUUUUGAGAGGAACGCCAAAAAGAUUUUAGGUUUUGAACACUUUUCAUUGCAAAUACGUGACAUUGAAAAAAAUUGCCUCUUAACAAGUUGUGAGCCGACAAUCUCUCAAUUUAUUUCUUCGUCAUGUAGUGCGAGGGCCAUGUCGUAAACUGAAGCAAUGUCUCAGACAAAAGUACCGUACAUCAAAAGGCGUGAAGGAACACGAGUGGAUACGUUGUGAUAAGUAUGGGUAUUUCAAGCCGCUGCAAAAACAAGAAAAUGGAAAGAUGAUCUGUGUGGACGUUCAGGGAAAUAUCAGAAAGUCCUUUGGUGUGACAGGGAAACAAGACUGCUCAUGUAAGUAAUAAUGAUUUAUCGAAGUCGAUUACUCAAGGUGUAGUUGCACACUUCACUUUAGCUUGGGGCACAACCGCACAAGUACACAUGCUCGACAAGUUAGGCCUUGUAGCCCCGUCAGUGGCCUAACUACUAUGGGCUCGGACCGGGAUAACCCGGGGGCCCCCAACCCCAAUGGGCCAAAUGGGGGCCCCAGGCUCAAGCUGUAGAGCAAAAACACUGACCAGGGCCUCUGAUAUGUCACAAUGUCGUUUUCUGACCAUCAGAAUUCUGUAAAAUCUCUCUCAAACGUCCGGGAAAUGGCAUUUGAGAGACUCUAGAUUCAAACAUUUGCCGGGUGAGCAUGACCUGGACCCCUAAAAAGCUCGUGCAUAUACGGCGGUCGACUCGUGUCUUUGGCACUUCUAUUAGGGGGCCUUCGGAAAUUUUUGACCGGGGGCCCCCUGAUAUAACGUUACGCCACUGAGCCCCGUUACUCGUCCAACAAUGUUGGGUAAUAUUAGAUGAAAAUAUUAAACGAAGACAAACCCCAAUCUAACAUCAGCUAACAUUCCCCAAUGGCAUUAUCAGACUUGUUACAAGGUUGACGACUCAAGGGGGCAAUAUGGUUAUAUCGUGACUGUAUUGGACUUAAUAGUUUUGUUUGUGGAAACACCACGUAUUGGACAUAGAACAUACAAAGAAUUUUGUAUUGGACUUGUUGGAACAACCUUGUAACAAGACUGAUAAUAUCAACAAGGUUGUGACAAUGUGGUUAACAGCUUGUUCCAAACUUGCUGACAACUUGGGACAAGCAGUGCGAACAACUUGUUUGGCAAACUAUAGCUAUAGGAUGUAAGAUUUUUACGCGUGUAGUCCGCUACAUGAAUGAAAGGUUAAUCCAAGAUAUCUAGGAAUAAUAACAACUUAAAUUUUGUUAAAAAAUAAUAUCACAAAAUAAAAGUCCAUUCUUUUCUUACAUUUAGACGCUGUCAUAAUCAGUUGA